CGGGGGCGCCGCUGGGAGCCGGGGGCUGGCGGGGCUGGACCGACGCGCCCGGGAGGAGCCGGGAGGAGCCGGGAGGAGCCGGCCGGCGGCCACGUGACCCACCGCGGCGGGGCCGGCGGCCCAGAAAUAGCAGCGGCGGCGGCGGUUCCGCCCGCGGGCGGCGCGAGCGAGGAGCCGCGGCGGGAGAAGCCGGCAGGGCGCGGGCGCGGGCGCGGCGGCCCCGGAGGAUGCGGCUGAGCCCCGGCCCUGCCCGGCCGCGAGCACAGGAUGGCUAUACGGGAGCUCAAAGUGUGCCUUCUCGGGGACACUGGGGUUGGGAAAUCAAGCAUUGUGUGUCGAUUUGUCCAGGAUCACUUUGACCACAACAUCAGCCCCACUAUUGGGGCAUCUUUUAUGACCAAAACUGUGCCUUGUGGAAAUGAACUUCACAAGUUCCUCAUCUGGGACACUGCUGGUCAGGAGCGGUUUCAUUCAUUGGCUCCCAUGUACUAUCGAGGCUCAGCUGCAGCUGUUAUCGUGUAUGAUAUUACCAAGCAGGAUUCAUUUUAUACCUUGAAGAAAUGGGUCAAGGAGCUGAAAGAACAUGGUCCAGAAAACAUUGUCAUGGCCAUCGCUGGAAACAAGUGCGACCUCUCAGAUAUUAGGGAGGUUCCCCUGAAGGAUGCUAAGGAAUACGCUGAAUCCAUAGGUGCCAUCGUGGUUGAGACAAGUGCAAAAAAUGCUAUUAAUAUCGAAGAGCUCUUUCAAGGAAUCAGCCGCCAGAUCCCACCCUUGGACCCCCAUGAAAAUGGAAACAGUGGGAUCAAACUUGUGAAGCCAACCAGUCAAGCCAGCCGCCGGUGCUGUUGACCCAAGGGCCGUGGUCCGUGGUCCGUGGUACUUGAAGAAGCCAGAGCCCACAUCCUGUGCGCUGCUGAAGGACCCUAUGCUCGGUGGCCUAGCACCUCACUUUGAGAAGAGUGAGCACACUGGCUUUGCAUCCUGGAAGACCUGCAGGGGGCGGGGCAGGAAAUGUUCCUGAAAAUGAUUUUAGAAAACCCUGGGAAAAGCCACCACACCACCACAAAAUGGCCUUUAGUGUAUGAAAUGCACACAGAAGGGAAGUAGUUGCAUUUUUGCUACAAAAAAAAAGAAAAGAAAAGAAAACCUUUAAAACUUCUUGGAUGUACAAAAGUCUUACUGCCUUAUUAUGUGUGUGGGAUUCUAAAGUGGUGUUCCACUCGGAUUUCCCGUGCUACCUAUCCAAAUUCCAGUAACUGCUUCAAUGUCAUUGCCUUUGUUACCUAACCAACCUUCACUGAAAGGCAAAUUUAAUUCAGGAGGUUAGUUUUUAGCUAGCUUUGGAAGCAAGCCUUUAUUUAUUACUUUUCAGAAGGAAAUCAGAGAAGUGUCAGUGGAGCGUCACUCAGACUGAGACUGGAGCUAUUACAGAAGCCAGGAAAAGUGUAUUAGAAACUGUUGUCUACAUCACUUUGAAUUGGUGAACAUUUUUCUAAGUUAUGGUCAUAUAUACCCAAACAAACCAAAUCAAACUAAAUUAUUGCGUAUAAUUUUGGGAUCAGGUGGCCUAGUUUGAAAGACUGAUUUAAGUAAUUACCAUGUAAGUGGUGAGAGAUGCAUGUUAUUCAAGAGACCAUCUGACAUGCAUGCCCUCUGCAGGAAUACAUUCCUCCUCUCUUAGAGAAGUUUAAUGCACCUAGUAUUACUUUACUAAGAGAAUAUCUCUUGAUGUCGUAUCUAGGGGAAGAGAAUUAACUGGAAUUAAAUUUAAUGUUUAAAUCUAAAUCACUGGGCAAACUUCUAAUAAUAGCAAUUAAUAAUAGGUUACAGGAAAGCCAGCCAGAGGAAGUAUCAGCACUUUAAAAUUCUAGACCCCAAAAAACUACAAAAUCAGAAAAAGUAUUUUUAUGUUUCUAGCUUGAGGAGAAGGGUUUUAGGGCUAACCAGAGGUCCGACCCUGGAAUGUUAAGGAACUGAGACUGGGCUUCGAUGAAAACCUUCCUUUUCAGAUUCCCUGUCUGCUCAAUUAAUUAAAGAUGUUUGAAUCCAAAGGAAGUAAAGGACAAAAAAGUGUGGAAAGGAAGAGAACUGAUUCCUACUAAAAAUUCAAAUUCUAUUACCAUUCUAAUGUUCAUAAAAAGUUGGGAUCAAGAAGCAGUUGAUUUCCUGCCAGGGCUUAUAUUAGGGGGUGAUUCUUAAAGGACAUUAGGAUCGGUGCUCAGAAAUGGUUAAUCAUGCUGUGUGCUAACCAGGGCCAGCUGGUACCUUCUUUACCAUGAGCAUUCAAGGGACAGCUAACCUUUAUCGACAAUCUAUGUUGUGAAAGUCAGGAAAGAGAUCGUGAGCUGCUUGGAUUAAAGACCUGGCACUUCAGUUACUCACGCCUCCACGUCACUCAACUUAAGAGAGUUCAUUGACAGUGUUAGGAUGUGAAGGCUGGAAAACAUUUAUUUUGCUUCAAGAGUUCCAUUUGGCUCUCCCAAAUAGGUACCUCAAAAACUGUUAGCAAGUGGCAUUUGGAUGUCUUGGCAAGACCUUUUGCAGGGAUUUUUAGGGUUUUUUCCACCUUGUCCACAUUAAUGGUUGGCAUGAUUGUGCUUGCAGGCCAAGAAAUGAUCAUACCCUUGCCAAAGGUAAAAAAAAAAAAAAAAAAAUCAAGUUGAAAAUUGAAGUGACCUCUUUCCAGCUGACAUGCAGGCUUAUUUUGUAACCUUUCCUCAUCCAGUUUUCCCUGAGAACCUGGGUUUAUCUCUUGACAGCUGUUCAGGUUUUCAGCUAAGGGGUAAGUAUCCUAGCUGAGAGUUUUGCAUCUUUGGGCUGGGUUUGCAGUGGUUGUGUUUUGCAUAAAAUGUCUAGUCUUAGCCACACAUAGUGAGCUACCCACUAAUGAGCCCAUGGUUUUAUUUCAAAAGCACAUGAGGAUGUGAAACCAUUCUGUUACCUUUCUGUGUUGCCUUAGCUAUUCAAGCCAGUCAGAGGACAAUAUAUAUAUUCUCAUCAGCACUCAGUGAAGAGAGUAGAUCACACUUGGGCACACUGGGAUUCACAUAAACAUUGUAUCUUCUCUGUGGAUGCUGAGGCCUUGUCUACAAUGAGACUUUACAGCCUUCUUUUGUUUUGGCUCAGGAUUACUUCCUGGCUGUCUAAUAAUUGAACCAUAACCACAUAAUAUUAUGUAAAGGCCUGGAAAUUACUGUUGCUAAAAAAAAGUCAUGUAGUUUCAUGUGAUGUAGCAUCCUUGGCAUCAUUUUCCAAAAUAUGUUCCUUCUCCCUUUUUUUUUUCUUUCAUGUGUGGCAUGAGUGUGUAUCUGUGUAAAUAUGAUUGUAUAUGUGUUACUGCGACAUAUAAUCCAUUUCACUGGCUGAGUUUGGCCCCUAGGCGUGUGUUAAUAUAAGGUAGACAUGGCUUCUCAGAGGGAUGGCUUCCCAGUGGAAAUCUCUGAGAAUGGCAGUGGAGUUGUGCAAGCAUUUUACGUCGCCACAUAAUUGACUUGCCAUUUUAUGGUUAAAAAUGGCACAUUAGGCUGUUGAGUAUGACGUUACCUUGCAGACCAAAAGGUUGAAGGCCCGAAACUAACUUUUAGCUAACAAUAAGGGCUGUGCCCCCGUGGAAACUGAGUUCAUUUUCUGAGAAAGGUUUGGAUGACUGAAAUAUUUCCCCUACAAUCAAGGUCCUUGACAUGUGAUGGCUGAAACUGAGCUUUUUUGCGUGGGCUCCGGUUCUCACUGUUCUGCAAUGCUCAUGGCAAGUUGAAUGGUGAGCUAGCUUAUAAACUAAAGGGCUCUGAGCUGUAUUCAGACCGAUUGGGUAUCUAGCUUACUGUUUUAACAUCGUUUCGAAACCAGACCCCAUAAUCCGAUGGCGCUGCCCUGUUGUGCAAACUGCUCCCUUUUCUCGUGUUUUUGUAAAGAGCUUCUGUGUGGGCUGGACCCAGCUCUUGCACGUACAAGACACCGCUGCAGUCAGCUAGGACCUUUCCGCCAUGUAUUCUGUUCUGUAGUAAAGCAUUUCCAUCAGCAAUGCCCAAUUGUAUCUGUUAUUUUUGGUUUAACACACACUGAUUCAUACUAAUAAAUAUUUUAAGUUUUA